UAAUGUGCCUAUCUGUUGUUGUCACAUGACAGAACAAGAGGGAGGAGAAGGACACUACAACCGGUUAUUCAUUUAGCUAGCUAGCUAGCUGUGGCAACGUGUGGAGGUGUGGAAAAUGCCCAAGUUUUACUGUGACUACUGUGAUACAUAUCUCACCCACGAUUCGCCGUCAGUGCGGAAGACCCACUGCAGCGGACGCAAACAUAAAGAAAAUGUGAAGGACUACUAUCAGAAAUGGAUGGAGGAGCAAGCACAGAGUCUUAUUGAUAAAACAACUGCUGCAUUUCAGCAAGGAAAGAUCCCACCCACGCCGUUCCCAGGAGCACCUCCACCUGGUGGCUCGCUGCUUCCUCAUCCAAACAUUAGUGGACCCCCCCGACCUGGCAUGCUACCCGCUCCCCCGAUGGGUGGGCCUCCCAUGAUGCCCAUGAUGGGUCCGCCUCCUCAUGGAAUGAUGCCAGGAGGACCAGGUCCUGGUAUGCGACCCCCCAUGGGUGGACACAUGCAGAUGAUGCCUGGGCCUCAUAUGAUGCGUCCUCCUGCCCGCCCCAUGAUGCUUCAAGUCAGACCGGGCAUGGUGCGGCCAGACAGAUAAGAACAAACUUCAACUCCUCGAGGACACAUCCUUGCCCCUCUGUCCCCCCUCAUUCAGAUAAUGCCAUUGCUCAAAGUCAUGCAUGUAGAAUUGUGGAUAAAACAUUUUGUUGGUGGGCUGUGAGAUUAUGGAGGACUGCUUUCCCCCAUUUCGUUUUUAUUUAGAUUUAUUGAUUUUAAUUCAGUUGGCCAAAAAAAUUCUCAUGUGUAUUGAUGGCACUGGUGCUUAUGAUGAUGAUUUGCGCCUGUAGAUUUCUGUUUUCCAUUUGCUUUUUUUUGUAAACUAUUGUAUGUAUGUUGACAUUUUAUGGAAUAAAAUUUUAGAAAAAAAACGGCAAA